UGAGGUGCAUACGUAAUUCUCUAUUUCCUUUUGGUGAGAGAGCGAAAUGGGAGAAGAUGGUCUUUAUAAGGCAUUUGAAAAGAUUGAGGGCCGCUGUAACGACUUGCUUUCCUUUCUUUGUUGCCAAAGCAUUCGCACUUCACCUCACAGCAGCAUGCACAGUGCUUUCUUCAAUCCACCAAGCAGAACCAGAGCUUGCCAUUGUUAACAAAGCAGAGGUGCCUUUUGCUUCUACGGGCCCUAGGGUUUUCUUUGGCAUCACUAUUGGUGGCGUUAAAGCAGGCCAGAUCAUAGUGGAGCUCUUCUCCGACGUGGUUCCAAUUACUACAGAGAAUUUCAAGGCCCUGUGCAUCGGAGAAAAGGGUAAAGCCCCAAAUGGGAAGCCCCUCUACUACAAGAACUCCUCAUUCCAUAAAGUCAUUUUAGGCUGGUUCUGUGCAGGUGGCGAUUUUACUGGUUGUAGGGUUCUCAUGAACCCCUUAGCUUGCAGAACCGGGAAUCCCAAACACCGGGAUGCCACUCAAGAUCGUGUACAUGAUUGACUAAAUGUGAAGUAGAUGAAUAUAACUAUAAAUCGAGUGCAAGAAAUAAAGCAAACACAAAAAGUACACCACAACAACACACGAUUUACGUGGUUCGCCCCAUAGGACUACAUCCACGGCCUUUGUAAUUAGAAAUCUACUAUCACAAUGAAGAUUACAGUUUUGGGUUACGAGAGAAAAUACCUAUCUCUAAACAUCGGUAAAAAACCAUCACCGAUCCUCCCUUCUAAACCUGAUCUCCAGAUCAACCUAUACCGUCGAUCAAUAUCAUCUUUCCCACCGUAAUACCGUUACUUGAAAGAUAACUUCGAGAGUAACAUAGAGAUUCUCUCUCUAGAAAUGGAAGUUAACGGACUUAAAACUCAUGGGAAUAAUGUCUCUCUCUCUCAGAGGCUAUGUCUCUCUCUCUUGGAGACCCAUCUCCAUAUUGGAGAUCCUUUCCCAUAACCUCCAAAGGGGUGAUUCACAAAGGAUGGGGUAUUAUGUCCUCUUUCCUUCUCUUAUAAAAGUAUCACUUUCUUGAUUCUCAAGAAAGUAAGUUUUGUAUUUCCCAUAAUACUCUAAUCUUUAGAAGAACAUAAGGGAAUGGUGAUUUAGCUAUCACCAAACCCAACAAUCUCCACCUUGAUAGCAAAAUCACCUUAAUUGCCUUGACAACUUUCAUUGAAUAGAUUUCUUCAUACUUGCCUCCAUUGUGAAAUUUUCACAAACACUUCGCCUUCAUAUUUUUCCACUUCAAACCAUGGAUAUUUCUUGAUUUCUUCUCACUAGCAUCCAAUGUGGAAUUUUUACAAACACUUUUCCUUCAUAUUUUUCCACCUCAAACCAUGUAAACUUCGUCAUUUAUCUUUUUCUUAAUAUAAACUUUAGCUCCG